AUGAUUAUCUGUAUCUCAGGAUUUAUUAUCGGUGCAAGUUUUCCACAGAAAAUCGAUCGCCCAUCGCAGAUCUACUCCACGCACCACCAUCAUCCGACGACGAGCAGCGGUGGCGGCGGCAGCAGCAGCGUGGUCAGCAGCAACAAUGGGCUGCUGGCCAGCGGAGCCAGCAGCAGCAGCCUCUGCGGCGGGAUGGGAAUGCCCGGUGGCGGUGGCCCCGGUGGUGCGGCCAGCUACGUCUACGUUCACCAGCAACCCCACCACCAUCAGUUGGUGGCGGCCGGCGGCGGCGGCGGCGGAUUACCGGCGUCGACGACGCACUACGUGUCACCCCAGCAGCUCACCUAUCACCUACACUCGGCCGUGGCCACCGGCAACGGGAACAACGGGAACAACGGCUACCACCAUCAUGGCUCGCACCAGAACAUCGCCGCGACACCAACGCUCCACAAGAAGGGCUCCAUCCGGAGCAACGGGGACGUGCUGAAGCGGACACGUGUGCAAAAUGCGUAUGAACUGUCGCAGGAUCUGCUGGACAAGCAGAUCGAACUGUUGGAGCGCAAGUACGGCGGAGUGAAGGCACGAACGGCGGCCCUUACGAUUCAGCGCGCCUUCCGCCACUACACGAUGGUGAAGAAGUUUGCCUCGAUCACGGCGAUGGCUAAGGCGGAGAAACGCAUGAGCCGUAGGGUCCAGCAACAGCAACAGCAGCAGCAGCAUCAACCGCCACCACCACAGGGAGACCAGCUGGACAUGAUGCACCACCUGGUGGUGGAUGAUGGACAAAUCUACGCCACCGAAGACGGAACCAUGGUCGGCCAGCAGCGUGUCUGCGCAACCAUCUCUGCGACCCCUCCGGGAACGUUACACCACCGUGUAACGCCGGUCCGUUCGAUGUCGCUGCGUGAACGACGGCUCGAUUCCAGCCCCAACACACGCAGCCAGACGGGUUCACCGGCACCACCCCCCGGGGUCCCAAUCACACAAUCGUGGAGCCAAAGUCCCACUCAGAUCAUGACCGGAGGUUCUUCGGCUCAGUUGCAGCAGCAGCAGUACUCCCAUCCGCACGUAAAUAUCCUGCACCAGCAGCAAGCCCAGCUGGCCGGCUACGUGGGCUACACAUCGGCGGCCAACGUCACGCCCUCGAUGCACCACCUUCAGCAGCAGCAGGCGCAGCAAUACCAAAGCCAGUACGGGUCGCAGGACUUGAACGUGAGUGGCAUCAGUUCGGCCAGCUCGUCACAGCUCGAUUCGACCGUCUCGUCGAUGAACCUGUCGUGGAACUCACAGACGGCGGCCAUCGGCGGCUCGGGGCACCACCACCAAAGCCCCUACACGCCACACUACACGGCGGCCCAGAUUUACAUGCGUCCUCGGGGCAUCGGAAUUGGCAGCUCGGGUGGAAGCAGCGGAAGCACCGCUUCCAGUGUCGGCGGCGCUGGCACCGGCGCAAGCUGCGGUGGCCGCAAAGUGCCACCGGAGGUACCGAAGCGAACGAGCAGCAUCACGGGCCCGGGUGGCCAGUUGCAACAGCACACUCCGAGCCGUACCCUGCGCCCGAACGGCCUCUGUAAGACGGCCGAAAACGGAAGCCUCAGCUCGGUGCAGUCUUCCGGAAGCGAUUCCUCCGCCUCGGUACCCGGUGGAGCGGGUGUCCCCGGUGCCGUAGAGAUCGGUUCCGAUCGGUCCAGCUCACCGCAGUGGACAAAGCGCAGUAAGGGAGGCCCAGGUAGUAGCCAGAGUGGCAGCAUACCGAUGUUGCCGGCCCACUCACCGGAUCAUCUGCUUGUGGGGGGAGCCAGUGCCGCCGCAGAAAUUACCGGCACUCCGAGUACUCGCUCCGGUGGUAGCACCGCGAACGUGACGAUCGCCAGCAUCGAGAGCGAGUGCCUGAGCUCGCACACGAGCGCCGCCCAGUACUCGAUGGAGCAGCACGAUCAGAUCGUCCACACGCCGACCAGCUACAAGGUGUCGGAGACGAUCCGCAAGCGCCAGUACCGGGUCGGGUUGAAUCUGUUCAACAAGAAGCCCGAGCGUGGCGUUACGUACCUCAUCCGGAAGGGCUUCCUGGAGAACACACCGCAGGGUGUCGCGCGGUUCCUGAUCUCGCGCAAGGGCCUCUCGCGGCAGAUGAUCGGCGAGUAUCUGGGUAACCUGCAGAACCCGUUCAAUAUGGCCGUGCUGGAUUGCUUCGCCGGUGAGCUCGAUCUGUCCGGGAUGCAGGUGGAUGUGGCGUUGCGCAAGUUCCAGGGUUACUUCCGGAUGCCGGGCGAGGCGCAGAAGAUUGAACGGUUGAUGGAGGUGUACUCGGCGCGGUACUGUCAGUGUAACGGGGACAUUGUGGCACGGCUUCGAUCGCACGAUACGGUGUUUGUGUUGGCGUUUGCCAUCAUCAUGCUGAACACGGAUCUGCACACGCCCAACCUGAAGCCGGAGCGGCGCAUGAGGUGUGAUGACUUUGUGAAGAACCUGCGGGGUAUCGACGAUUGUCACGACAUCGAUCGGGACAUGCUGAACGGGAUUUACGAGCGGGUGAAGGCGAACGAGUUCAAGCCGGGUUCGGACCACGUGACGCAGGUGAUGAAGGUACAGGCUACGAUCGUGGGCAAGAAACCGAACCUGGCGUUGCCACAUCGGCGGCUCGUGUGCUACUGUCGGUUGUACGAGAUCCCGGACAUUAACAAGAAGGAACGGCCGGGAGUGCACCAGCGCGAGGUGUUCCUGUUCAACGAUCUGCUCGUGAUCACGAAGAUCUUUAGCAAGAAAAAGUCCUCCGUGACGUACACGUUCCGGAACAGUUACACGCUGUGCGGGAUGGUGGUCACCCUGCUGGAUGUGCCAAAUUACCAAUUUUGCAUCCGUCUGUCGCAGAAGGUGGACGGUAAGGUGCUGGUCACGUUCAAUGCACGCAACGAGCACGAUCGCUGUAAGUUUGCGGAAGACUUGCGUGAAUCGAUCAGCGAGAUGGACGAGAUGGAAACGCUCCGGAUCGAGGCGGAACUGGAGCGUCAAAAGUCGGCUCGGGGUGCUCGGGCCAACAACAGCGAGAACCGGGACAGUGGCGUGGCCGACGUUGAAGUGUGUGCCGGCGUUCCGUACCAGGGUGCGGCCAGCGUUGGCGGUGGCGGAGGGCCCACACCGGGAGUCGUGUCCGCGGCCGGUGUUGUCGGUGGUGUGUCCCCGAACGAGUGUGGCCUGGUCGCGCACGGUGGCGAGGCGCAGUUGAAGCGCAGUGCGCUCAGCAACUCGCUGCUCGAUAUGCACGAACAAUUUGGCAAUGAAAAACCGCAACGACGCGGUAGUGUCGGCUCAUUAGAUAGUGGAAUGUCGAUCUCAUUUCAAUCAACAUCCGCAAGCACUGGCUCACGUAGCGAUAUCAAAGUACGAAUGCUGCCCCAUAGCAACACCUCCGGUCAGAUAAUAAUGCAUGCCGGUCAGCAUCCCGCUGCCCUCAUGGGUGCCAUCUAUCAUCAGCAAAUCCAUCACCACCAACAGCAGCAGCAGCAGCAACAGCAGCAGCUCUCCGUGGCGGCUGGACACCAUCACCACCACCAUCAUACGGCCGCGGCCACCGGCGGAGUGAUCGUCUCGGUGGGUCAACCGCCAGCAUCCUCGCAUCUGCUUACUACCAGCAGCCAUCCUCACCACCACCAUCCGCCUGGUGGUGGUCCUACUACAGCCUCGAUGAUGGCCAACAGCAACAGCAGCAGCAGCAACAUGCCACCUGGCGGCGGGGCCACGACAACCACCCUCAUCUCGGCCAACAGCAGCAGCAGCAGCAACAGUAUUGGAGCUAUCCGUCGCGAGCGGAAACCCUCCCGCACCGAAGAUGCCGCCACGAUGCUGGCAGCACUAACAACAGCAGCACCAGCGGCCAACAGCAGUGCGGGAGUCUCUAGCGGAGGAGCUAACAACCCGACGGCAGCACCACCACCGACUGCGGGCGGCGGCGGCGCUGGCGCUGGCAACUUUGGUCGUUCGACGGAAGUCUAAGCAACACUAGUUAGCAGCGCAGCGCCGUGUUACUUUCAUUCG